UCGCAAAUAUUUUAUUAUGGUUUGAUUCAGUUAAGUUAUGAAAUUUUGUUAAGUUAUGAAAUAUUUACGAAUCAGGCAAUGUUAUAUAAUUUUGUAAUAACUUAUAAAAUGCAAUGACCAAACUUAAGUGUGACAUUUAUCAUAAAAAUAAUUCAAAAAAAGUUUCAUCUUGGAAUUUCGUUAGUUUUUGUGUCAUAACAGCAUUUUUUUAAAAUAAUGGAUCAACUUAAUUCAGCCAAAAACAGUUGUUUAGUAUUUCAGGAGAAAUACAUCUUGCUAAAAGUGAAAUUAUCAAAAGUAGAAGAUUUUGGGACACAGAAAUGGUAUUAUGAAUGUCUAAAACUACUUGCUAACUCCUUUAAUAACUUUCAAAAUGAGUGGCAACCAGAGGUAUCCAAAAAAAAAUUAUUCAAAGACUUUUUUUUGUGUGAUGCUUGUGAAGAAAUUAUGUAUCAGCCUCUUGUACUGUCUUGUGGUCAUACAUACUGUAAGCAUUGCUUAGUUAAUAGACAAAGUGAGAAUUACAUUGAACAUUGCUUUAAGUGUGGAAAUAUUUCAGCCAAACGAAGGUGGCAUUCAUCUAAAUCCUCUAUAAACUUACUAAAUCAAAAUGUUUGUUUAAACUCUAUACUAGAGUAUUGUUUUAAAAAUGAACUUCAAUCUAUACAGCUACGUUUAGAUGGAAACAAGCAAUUUAUUGAAAAAAAUUUCAAAGAAGCAGAAGAAAAAUAUAAUAAUGCCUUGUCAUUAUAUGAUAGUAAUUACAUAGCAUUAUCAAAUCUUUCAAAUUUAAAAGCAUCUCAACAUCAGUAUGAGGAUGCACUUAGUGCAGCACAAAAAGCAAUUUUGCUCUCUAAUUUUUCUUGGAAAAAGGCAUUUUAUCGGGAAGGUAUUGCGUACAAAGGACUUGGAAAAAUGCUUGAAUCUGCUAUUUCAUUUAUCAGAUAUCUUUCAUUUGGAGACGAGAGCCAACCUGUUAUAGAUGUUUUAAGCGAGACAGUUUUAGAACUUUUACAAUUUGACCUAGCAUUCGAUUCUGUUCCAGAUGUUGUUAUGCAAAUCAAGCAGGUCCCACUUUUUGAGUUAAAAGGUCAAGAAAAAUUUGAAAAAAUUGUGGCUCACUUAUUAUACUAUGGAAUUACUAUCUGCAAUAACAGAGUUGAAAAAAUAAAAAGUAUCGAAGCUGAAGUGAUACCUGAAAAUAUUAUUGAAAAGUUGAAGAGUGAUUUAAAUUGUGUUCUCUGUUUUAGAUUGCUUUACAAACCUACAUCGACACCCUGUGGUCACACAUUUUGUUCUGCUUGCCUUGAACGAUCUCUUGAUCACAACUAUUAUUGUGCCGUGUGCAGAAGUUCAAUUGCAGAGCUUAUUAGAGUACGACCAAAACCUGUUGUGCUGAUUAUGGAAAAAAUCAUUCAAACCUAUCUGCCCCAAGAGUUAGAUGAAAGAAUAAAACAAGAUCAAAAUGAAGCAUUAGUUGUUGAAAAUGACAUAGAUGUUACCACUAUUCCUGUAUUUGUCUGUUCAUAUUCUCUUCCAACUUUACAUUGUCCGCUGCACAUAUUUGAACCAAGAUAUAAAUUGCUUUUGCGAAGGGUUAUUGAUUCUGGUACCAAAAAGUUUGGCAUGUGUUGUUAUGACGAUCAAAUGGGAUUUUCUGAAUAUGGUCUUAUGUUAGAAAUAAAAAGUCAUAAAAUGCUAUCUGAUGGGCGAUUUUUUAUUGACACAAUUGGUGGAACACGAUUUAAAGUAAUUGAAAGGUCUACUGUUGACGGAUACUAUACAGCCAAAGUAAAUUGGGUUAGAGACCAGCCAAUACCUAAUGAUAAACUCAAUUAUCUAAAGAACCUUCACAAAUCUACCUAUGAAAAAUCGAUUCUGUUUUUAAAGACUGUACCUGUUUUGACAAUUCCUUCUUUGUUUGAUCGCAUGUGCAGUCAGUUUGGAACAAUGCCUGAUUUUGUAGAAGAAGAGCUCAAUAUGGAACACGGUCCUAAAUGGAUUUGGUGGAUGUUGCGAGCCACAGUAAGCUCUGAGUUAACUCUAGGUGCAUUUUUAGCUAUGAAUAGCGUAGAAAAACGUUUAGAUUUUAUCUCUGAUCUGAUGAGCGCUAUAAGUAUGUAAAGUUUUUUUCUCGUGGACUUUUCGUAACGAUCUUUUUGAAUAUUUACUUUGUCUGCGGAUUGGCGCCUUCUUUAUUUUAUAAAAUUUUUUUAUUAUUUUUCAAAUUAUUUAUAGUUAUUUAAUGUGUAAAAUGAUUUACAAUUUUUUUGUUCAUUUUAACUUCAUUGAGGCCAAUAUUUAUCAGAUGUGAUACGAAUUCAUUUGGUUCUUAAAUAUUUAAUUUACUAAAUGCCCUUAAAAUUUGAUCUAAUUAUUUUAAUAUUUGUAAACUAACCACAAAA